AUAAAAGAAUGCGGUUGUUCUUCUCCUCGUUUGUUGUUGUAUAGCAAAGCUCUUUCUCUCCUCUUCUUUCUUUUUUCCUUCUUCCAUCCGACCCACCCACACAAAUAUAUCUUUUCCCUUCGAAUUCACGUUUUGCUGCUUUUUUUUUUCCUCUCUCUUUCCUCUCUUUGCAUUCAAUUUAAUUCAAUUCAUUGCAUUGUAUUUAUACACAUCAUCAUCUUCAUAAUUAUGAUUGUUAAUUAUUAAUACUUUAUAUUAUAAUUCUCGAUAUUUCCUCCAAUUUUUUCAUCAUCUUCUUCCCCCCUUUAUUUUCUCUCUCUUCUGCAAUUUCUAGAGAGAGAAAGGGGCACAAAAAUGGGAGCUUGUGUAUCAACCCCGAAAGGGUGUGUUGGGAAACAAUCAAAGAGGUCAAAGAAGAAAACCCAUCAUAGUACUAGUACUGCUACUACUGGUAACAAUCGCAAAAAGAGAAAAUCUGGAAUUAAGAAACGCGUUUCUUCUCGUUUAUCUGAUCGUUCUUUCGAUGCCUGUAACAAUACUUCUUUUACAGAUCGAUCUUUUACUAAUCCCACUUACCAAGGCAGUAGCGUUGAGGAGGCAUGGUAUGAUUCAAACAUGAUUUUUGAGUCUGACGGCGAAGAAGAUUAUCAGAGUAUUCCAGAAGAUAUAUUAUCUCAAAAUGCUUUAUCAGUGGGUAGAAAUUCGCAUGAAGUACAUUCUGCACGGAAUUCUAUGAGCGAUCUUGGUAGAAACUCAAUGGAAACAAAGCAUCCAGUAUACCUCGAUGAAAUAUCCUCUUCUGUAGAUGAAAGCAGCAGCAAGGAGGACAAAAUGUUGGAUAAUUGCGGCAUCCUUCAUAAUAAUUGUUUGCCUUGCCUGAAUACUACGACCAUACCUUCUAUUGAGAAGAGAAAUUCACUCAGCUCUAGUCCGCAAAGUGCGAAAAAGAAGGCAGCAUUAAAGCUUUCCUUCAAAUGGAGGGAUGGACCCCCCAAUUCAAGAUUUUCAUCAAAGAUGCUCCUGCAAAAACCACUAGCAGGGUCUCAAGUACCUUUUAGUCGAAUAGAAAAGAGAGUAAUGGAUAGUUGGUCACAUAUUGAGCCAAAUUCCUUUAGAGUUCGCGGCCAGAAUUAUUUUAGGGAUAAAAAGAAGGAAUUUGCUCCACCUUAUGCUGCAUACUAUCCUAUUGGUGUUGAUUUAUUCUUGUCCCCACGAAAAAUUGAGCACGUGGCUCGAUUUGUAGAACUUCCUGCAGUAAAUUCUUCAGCGGGGGGUUUCCCACCCCUUCUCAUUGUAAAUGCUCAGGUGCCAUUAUAUCCUCCUGCAUUUUUCCAGAAUGAAGUUGAUGGUGAAGGAAUUAAUAUAGUGAUGUAUUUCAAGAUAAAUGAAAGUUUUUUAAAGGAAAUUCCAUCCAACUUUCAAGAAAGUAUCAGGAGAUUGAUGGAUGAUGAAGUUGAAAAGGUAAAAGGUUUUCCUAUGGACACGAUUGCACCUUACCGGGAGCGAUUGAAAAUUUUGGGUCGUCUAGGCAAUGUGGACGACCUUCAUUUAAGUGCCGCCGAGAAGAAGCUUAUUAAUGCCUAUAACGAAAAGCCUGUCCUUUCUCGUCCUCAACAUGAGUUCUUUACGGGAGAAAAUUACUUUGAAAUCGAUUUAGAUAUGCACAGAUUUAGUUAUAUCUCAAGGAAAGGCUUUGAGGCAUUCCUGGACAGAUUAAAGAUGUGUAUUCUGGAUUUUGGACUCACCAUACAGGGAAACAAAGCUGAAGACUUACCUGAGCAAAUUUUAUGUUGUGUACGAUUAAACGGACUUGACUACAUGAAUUACCAGCAAUUAGGGAUGAAUCAAGACAACCCCUUAUUGAAUUGAAUUUUAGCUGGUAUACUGUAAGAUCAAAAUAUGUGAAAUAAAAAAGAAAAGAGAGUUUAGUUUUGCCCCAUAUUAUAUAUUUCCAUAGUCUGUAUGUAUGUGUAUAGUUCUAAAAGAAAUUUUUACAGUUCCUAUGAUGAUGGAUGGAGCUGAAAUUUUUACUCUGAUGCACAUGUAGUGUGCAUAGAUAACAGGGUCAUUCACAUGCAUAUGAUAAAAAAUACUAUAGGAUAUAUUAGACAUAGUAGAUUAUUGCCCUACUUGUAAUUAUAAUUCUGUCUAGACAUAAUGAUGAAUGCAUGGCCCCUUGAUUUGAA